CGCGCGCUGUUGCUACGUUCCUGCGCUCUGCGGCGAAGUGUGUCAAAGAUGGCAGCCUCCAGUGGGAGAGUGUUGAAGUCCUUUGUGCAGGGAUGUUGCGGUUGCUCCUCCGUGAUACUGCCGUCAAUAACGAGAAAUGUUAUUCUUCAAAAACCGGCAGUUACGGUGUUAGCAAGGCUAGUAUGCACCAGCUCAACGCUUCAACGAAAGAACAUAGCAGCAGCAGGUCCAGAGAAGUACACACAGGAAUUCAUCAAGAAGCAGAUCGAAGAGUUUAACAUUGGAAAGAGACACCUGGCUAACAUGAUGGGUGAAGACCCAGAAACGUUUACUCAAGAGGGUAUUGAUAGGGCGAUUGCCUACCUUUUCCCUUCUGGAUUGUUUGAGAAGAGAGCUAGGCCUGUCAUGAAGCACCCAGAUGAGAUUUUUCCUAAGCAGAGAGCUGUCCAAUGGGGAGAAGAUGGUCGACCCUUUCAUUUCCUUUUCUAUACGGGCAAACAGUCCUACUACUCGCUAAUGCAUGACACGUUUGGAAAGUUCCUGGACAUUCAGAAAUAUCAAGACCGUAUGCGAGCAGAGGGUCUUUUUUCACAAGAAACUAAACAAGUAAACCUGACUGGCAGCAGGUGGAUGAUUAAGGAAGAGCUAGAAGAGAUACUGGUGCAGCCAAUUUCAGAUCAUGAUUGUCUGCGCUUCAUCCAGCUGCUAGAGCGAAUCCUGGCUCUUCCGUACUGCAGUAUGGAAGAGGAGUAUAUUCAGAGGUUCCGUCGGGCACUGGAAGUACAGUCAAAGAAACAGAAGAUUGAGCCACUGCAGUAUGAUGAAAAUGAAGUGGCCUUCAGCACUGGAGAAGGUAGAAGAAAGACUGCCACAGCAACAACAAUAGUCAGAGACAAUGGAUCCGGAAACAUAACUGUAAAUGGUGUGGACUAUUUGCACUACUUUCCUGUACUGCAAGAUCGAGAGCAGCUAAUGUUCCCGUUCCAGUUUCUGGACAGACUGGGUAAGCAUGACAUGGAAUGUAAAGUAACUGGAGGCGGCAGGUCAGCACAGGCCGGUGCGAUCCGAUUGGCCACUGCUAGAGCUCUGCUCAGCUUCGUCACAGAGAAUGAAGUGGAGUCCAUGAGGCAGGCUGGUUUGCUGACCCCUGACCCCCGUGUGAAGGAGCGGCAGAAGCCUGGACAGGAAGGAGCCCGGAGGAAGUUCACUUGGAAUAAACGAUAAAGAGGAGCGCCAGCAUCAAAGCGCAUACGAUUUACAUCCAUAACAUGCGUUCCUGUAAACAAUUCUGUACUGAUAAUAAAAGUAUUAUUAUUUUUUAAAAUGUAAUAA